UAGAAAUGGCUGAAGGUGGAAGACACGUGCCUACUCGAGGUUGUCUACCAGAAUCCGACAUUAUUCAGACAAACUUUGUAUUCUUAAAGAAUGCCCUGUCUAGCAAACCAAUUGAUUUGCUGGAUGCUUUGUUCUCCAAAAAGGUCUUUGAUUCUGACGACGUAGAAAAAAUCCACAAAAAAGAACCACAAGGUAGUAAGGCUAUAGCCGGUGAAAUACUUCAAGUUCUAAUGGGGUGUGGCCCAGGAGCUUACGGAAAGUUUAAGGAUUGUCUUAGAGAAACUAAUUUCAAACAGGCACUUCAGAGAAUUGAACCCGGUACAACUACCAGCUUGCCCAGUACACAAAAGAAACCUGAACGUGUAUGUUUUAAACUCCAAAAUGGUUUAAAAGUAAAUAUUUGUGAUGGUGAUUUAUUAGACGCACAUGCUAAUGUCUUGGUGUGCAGUAAUUAUGGACGUGAUGAAGCAGAGGGUGAAAUAGCUAAACGAAUAAAAGAGGGUGGUGGUAGGGGUUAUGCAAUCUCUUUGGCCGAACUGUACAGAAAGGAAAAGAGAUUAAGUGAUUGGAAAGUGUAUCAAACAUGGGCUGGGGAUUUAAACUUUAAAUGUGUAUAUCAAGCCAAGAUCCCACCCUACAUUUCUGACGGUAUUACAGCUUGGUUAUCCAAUCUUAAAAAGUUGUAUUCAAGGAUUUUACAGAAGGCCAGUAAAGAAAAAUAUGUUAGCAUAACCCUGCCUGUGCUUGGUGCAGAUUUUACAGGUGGAUCAACAGAACUGUGUAUCGAGGAGACUAUUAAUGCUCUAAGUGAACACAACCGGGAAUAUCUGAGGCAAGUUAAUAUUGUGUCAAAUGACAAUUCAUCCUUGCAAAAACUGCGAAAAGAUUUAAAAUCCAUUGCUUCGAAAUCAACUUCAACGACCACAGAAAAUGGUAUAGAUGUGGAAGAUAUUAUGGAAAAUAUUGGAGACUUCUUUACAGAUAUCUACUACAAUGUUACCGAUUUCUUUGAUUCGGACGCAGUUCAAAACGGCGUGGGCAAACUUAAAAACGUUGUAAAAAAGAUACCAAGACUAAAGAUCAAAAACAGUCCAAAACAUGACAAUGAUUUGGAAAACGAACAAUGCACCACGGUCCAAUAUGAAUUACAAAAUGGCGUCGUAGUUUUUGUUUACAAGGAAGACGUGGUUGAAAUUGAUGCUGACAUACUUGUCUGUUAUAUGUAUGGAACACCUGCAUGUGAAGGACAGAUUGGUAGAAGUCUUCGGGACAAAGGCGGAGAGAAAUAUGUAGAUUCUUUGGACAAGUUACUCAAAAGGGCAGGCGGUCUUUCAAAAUGGCGGAUGUAUCCCGUGGAUUCCGGAGAUCUCCAAUUCAGAGAAGUAUAUCAGGCGAUAAUUUCCUCGAAUCAUGUCAUGAAUGAUUGGUUGGCGAAUCUUCAAGAUCUUUAUCAGUUCAUACUGUCUACAGCUGAUGAGAAGGGAUACAAAUCCAUAACAUUCCCUGUUGCAAAUACAGAUGUGAUUGACAAAAGUAUUGAAGGUCUGGUUAACUCUAUACAGAAUUAUACAGUAUCGAGUAUCCGUAAGGUCAAUAUCGUCACCAAUAACUCUACGACCAUCACAAAAUUAGGGAAAUAUUUAAUGUGGGAAUGUGUCACUACCAGAAGUUCCGAUGACCAAGAUUUAACAGAUGAUACGGAGAUGGACGAAAUAAUAGAUAUUGAUGUGUAUAAAACAAAAGAUGGACAGGAGAAUGAAACUGAAGACAUUGAAGACUCCAACAUCUCUACCAUGGCACACUCGUCACAUAAAUUAUCCAAUGGUUUAGUUGUACACUUACGCCAAGAUGACGUCGUUGAUAUUCAUUCUGACGUCAUAAUCACUAGUAAUUAUGGGAAAGCAGAAGACGAAGGGGUUAUUGCUAAACGACUCCGAAAGAAAGGUGGCGUUGAAUACGUUAACUCAUUGAAGAGCUUAGUUCAAGAUAUCGAUGGUUUUGAGGACUGGCAUAUUUAUUCUAGCAAGCCUGGAGAUCUACAAUUCAGUGAAGUAUAUCAAGCGAUAAUUCCCCCGAAUCCUUCAGCUGAUGUCAUGGAUGAUUGGUUAUCCAAUCUACGAGGACUUUACAGUCAGAUACUGACCACAGCUGAUGCACAGGGAUAUACAUCUAUAACAUUACCGGUUCUAGGUUCAGGCGACAACGGGGCGGCACCCGUGAAGUGUACUGAAGUUCUUAAAAGUGUUUUAGAAGAAUAUGUUGUUGACAAUUUACUGGAUGUCUAUAUUGUAACCAAAGAUGACUUUAUAUUCACCCUCUUGAUGACAUCUUGGUAAAAACAGACUUGAAAAUAUUUGUCAUGGUUAUUGCGAUUUUUAUGCCAUGGGGACUCGUAUCGUGUGUUUGCAUCCGUUAAUAGAAAAUACAUGCGUAAUCGCAGGAUCCGUCCAUAGACGCUCUUCGAAAAGGGCCUUAGGCUCCACCAAUACAAAUGCGAUCGCGGUUAGGUUUAAAUAUUGAGGCCACCUGCAGAUUUCGUCAUGGUCACGAGAGGUAAACAGUGCUAGCGCUAACCCUUACUCUAACCCACAAUCGCGUGCCCUAAGGGAAAACGAUGGGAGGAUAUUUACCUGUCGAAAUUAUGUUCUGUUAUUUAAUUGGUCAAUGCAGAUGUAACUAAAACAGAAGAACGAACGCCAAUGUUUCUAAUACACUGGUUUGCGAAAACGACACAUGCAAUUAAUGCGGUUAAUUGUAGUUGUGGAAAUUUCUAAUGAAUGGUCUACAAUUUAUAUUUUUUUUUAUAUUUAGUAAUGACACGUUUGACAAAAUAUAAAGAAUAGCCUAAAAUUUAUAUUUUUUUUAUAUUUAGUAAUGACACGUUUAACGAACUAUAAAUGAUGAACAAUGUCUAAAACAUCAAUUAUUUGCGAUCAUUCUUAGAUGUUUAGUUCUUGUGCCUUGUUUUAUUUCCUUUAGCAUUUCUGUUUUUGUUGGUUUAUAUUUCUUAUUUUUGUUAGUUAAUUUUUUUUAUUUUUGUUAGUUAAUUUUUUUUAUUUUUGUUAGUCCAUAUUUCUAUUUUUGUUUAUAUUUUUUUUUUAUCUAUCGGAGUUCUGAUAUCAUUUCAGCUACAUGUCGUAUGCGCUUUGAUUUUGAUAUUUAAAUGGCAUAAAUAAAAGGAUUAAAAUAAUGGCCUAUAAACUUAUGUAAAUAAAAUGAAAUGAGGUUUAACGCCCUACGGUUCUGCCCCGACUGGGCUUUUCCGGCGUGGUUCCCCCUUCUCAGUGAUGCAAGACGGAGGGUCUGACAAGGACAGCUGUCUAGUCGUUCGGUUAUAUUGGAAUGCACGUAAAAGAUCCCCUGACAGUUGGAAUUCGAUAUAAGGGUAGGCGAUAGUGCCACUGCCCGGGCUAAAUUUCCCUCAUAGCACACUGUCUGGCGUAUGCCUGUCUUCAUUAGCCCAGUAUAGGAGCAGAACAGUAGUACUUUAAACCCCAUUUCAUUUCAUUUCAUUUCUGAUAUUAUACGGAAAGGGAAUUUCAAAGAU